UGGGGCACUGGGAGGGUUGGAGACGUGCUUUGCAUUGGCAGGCUGGUGAGGACACGUGUCUUCUCAUCAUCCUCCUCCUCGUCCUCUUCCUCCUCUCCCCCCUCUGGGCGCCACGGUACCGCAUAGGCAUCAGUAAAGGCACCUGAAAACCUUCAGCCUGCUCCAGGAAACGCUGCCUUCCACCUUAUAACCCAAAAGAAAGCGAUAUCAUAGGCCUUUCUGGAACCUGUGGCUGCCGCUUUGUCGUGCGUAAAGCUUUUGCGCACGCGGGCUGAAACUGAGGUGCGCUACUCGUCUUGAACCAGAGCGCGGUGCCAGGAUGCACAGACAGAGCAGCGACGUCUGAAGGUGACAUGAACCUGAGGAUAAGCGAGAGCAGCAGGCGAGCACUGAACCAGGAGCGGAGAUAGCAACUGAAAACGAUCGGUGUCUUCAAACAAAACUUGCGCCUUUUUUUCCCUCUCGUGGCUUUGUCUAAUGUAGAGAAUCAAGAGCUGCAACUUAAAGUAGCCUCACAUUUUGUUCUGACUGAAGGAGGAAAAACACUAAUUAAGCUGCGGACAGUUGAGACUCAAGAGAGGAGCGAAAAAUGGCGACUUUAAUCAGAGGCAAGCUUUCCAAUAAACUGUCAAAUGCAGCCACGGCUGUGUCCAACAAAUCCCAGGCGAAGGUGAGCGGCAUGUUCGCCAGGAUGGGCUUCCAGGCCGCCACCGACGACGAGGGUCUUGGCUUUGCCGCCUGCGAUGACUUGGACUACGACCACAGACAAGGUAUGCAGAUGGACAUCCUGUCAUCUGAUGAGAUGGGAGGAGAGGCGAGCGGGGACGGCAGUGCGCUGGAGGGAGACAGCCACUACCAGAGGGAUGGAACCGGGCCACCGCACUCCGGCUCAAAGGACGGGGGUCCGAACAACGAGUUGACUGAAGUCAGACCAAGAAUUACCGCUUGGGAGGCGGGCUGGAACGUCACGAAUGCAAUCCAGGGGAUGUUUGUCCUCGGGUUGCCCUACGCCAUCCUGCACGGAGGAUACCUCGGACUCUUUCUGAUUAUCUUUGCCGCCGUGGUGUGCUGCUACACGGGCAAAAUCCUCAUUGCCUGUCUGUACGAGGAGGACGAAGACGGGCAGCUGGUCCGUGUGAGGGACUCCUAUGUGGACAUUGCGAACGCCUGCUGCGCCCCCAGGUUCCCCUCUUUAGGAGGCCACGUCGUGAAUGUAGCCCAAAUCAUAGAGUUGGUGAUGACGUGCAUCCUGUACGUGGUGGUCAGCGGUAAUCUCAUGUACAACAGUUUCCCCAACAUGCCGAUUUCCCAGAAGUCAUGGGCCAUCAUCGCCACCGCCGCCCUCCUGCCGUGCGCCUUCCUCAAAAACCUGAAGGCCGUGUCCAAGUUCAGCCUGCUGUGCACGAUGGCCCACUUCGUCAUCAACGUCCUGGUGAUCGCCUACUGCCUCUCUAGAGCGCGGGACUGGGCCUGGGACAAGGUCAAGUUUUACAUCGACGUCAAGAAGUUCCCCAUCUCCAUUGGGAUUAUCGUGUUCAGCUACACGUCGCAGAUCUUCCUGCCGUCGCUGGAGGGGAACAUGCAGAAACCCAGCGAGUUCAGCUGCAUGAUGAAGUGGACUCACAUCGCUGCCUGUAUCCUCAAAGGCCUCUUCGCCCUGGUGGCCUACCUGACCUGGGCUGACGAAACCAAGGAGGUCAUCACCGACAACCUGCCCCCAACCAUCCGAGCCGUUGUCAACCUCUUUCUGGUGGCCAAAGCUUUGCUGUCGUAUCCGUUGCCGUUUUUCGCCGCCGUUGAGGUGUUAGAGAAAUCGUUUUUCCAGGACGGGGGACGCUCGUACUUUCCAAAUUGCUACGAUGGCGAUGGACGCCUAAAAUCCUGGGGACUGACUCUCCGCUGUGUCCUUGUAGUGUUCACCUUGCUCAUGGCCAUCUAUGUGCCACACUUCGCCCUCCUCAUGGGCCUCACCGGCAGCCUGACGGGCGCAGGCCUUUGCUUUCUGCUGCCUAGUAUCUUCCACCUCAAGCUUCUAUGGAGAAAGCUGCAGUGGCACCAGGUUUUCUUUGACGUCUCCAUCUUUGUUAUAGGAGGUAUAUGCAGCAUAUCUGGUUUCAUCCACUCCAUGGAGGGGCUCAUAGAGGCUUUCAAAUAUAACAUACACGAGUAGAUUGCAAGUCAUUGCUGGAACUAUAUGUUAAACUGCAAACCCCCCCUUCAUUUAGUGGAUAAAAAGUGUAAAAAAAAAAAAAGAGAAAAUAAAUAAAACAAAAAACUUCCCCGCAAACGCAGUCCCUCUGCUUAAUCCAUGCGUAAAAGCGCGCACAGAAUACACGCGGACAUUUACGCACUCAUAUACAGUCUUUGCAUUGAUUCAGAAAAAAAACAUGCGUGCGCACACACACACACAAAUAAGACCGGAGGCAGUGAGGAAAUCGAAUCCAUCCACAACACACACUAUAUGGAGGAUACAUGUUGUAUAAAUAUGCGAUCAAAUAAAGUGCAUCUACAUAUUUUCCAGUGGAGUGAACGUUUACAAUAUUGACCUUAAACAAAAUUGCAAAAAGGGCAGUCUGUCUUGUCUUCGCUCUUGUGGUGCUUCCCCACGCGAGACUUCACUUCAUGUAAUGCUCGAGUUUGUGAUAGACGGACAUUCGACGGUUUAAUGUGUGUCACUGAUGAUCAUUAUCAUUAUAAAGAAAAGGAAAAAAUAAAUAAACGGAACACAAAAGGACACUUCCUUCGAAAUAGGUAAUUUGCAGUAUGAUUAUGGACACGAGUGGGGUGCUGCUUAUUCCAGAAAAGAGAAAAUAACCAGCAGUUGAAACCACAUUUUAAGAAAAACGGUGUGGUUUUUGUUCAUAAAUGAGGAAAUUUGGACCUUCCCCUGGGCAGUUGUUAUUAAAAAUGCAAAACUAGAGAACACAGCAGCAGCUAUACAAACUAUGCAUUGAAUGUAUGAUACUUCAGUCACAAAACAUAAUGAAACUGGGUCUAAAUUUCGAUUCUUCUGUGUGAAAGUGUUAAUGCUUUGGUAUUUUUCCUCAUAAUAUUCGACAUGUAUUAUUUAGUAUUGGCAUUUUAAGCGACAACAAAGUAAUUUACUUCUCCAAGCCCCAGAUCACGGCCCUAAUCUCAGAAAUCCUACACACGCAGUUUUAAAAUAACUUCCUUUUCGUUAACUUGAAAAAAAAAUACGUGGCCUGUUCAGAAAUUACGUUUGAAAUUCGGUGUACGAAUAAAAAAAAGAGAGAUCAUUCAAGAGGAAAAUGUGCAUAUAGACAUUUUUCAUUCUGUGCAAUCCAAUGGGUCCUGUGGAAAUGUUAUAAAACCGUAUGUGUAGUGUUAUUGUGGUUUCAAAAAGAUGGAAUGUAUAUCUCAAAGUCGUUCUCAUAUAUCGUGAAAUUAAUAUUAAAGAAUAAAGAAAUAAGUGAAAUUA